UUUCAUCUACCUAUCAAUACAGAUGUGAAAAUACUUUAUAGGAACAACACUGAGGAUUUCACAAUCCGCGCCGGAUCGUCGAGUCACGACGAAGGUGGAGAAGUACGCGCAGUAAGCAAAUUCAUCACGCACCCUGGUUUCACAUUACUUCUUGACUAUGACGUCGGCGUUUUACGUCUUGCCGAGCCGCUGACGUAUAGUGACGUCGUGAAGCCAAUAGAUAUGGCUAAUGCAGGUGAAGACAUACCUGAUGAAGAGGAGUGCUCUGUGACCGGGUGGGGAUUGUUGAAGCAAGGAGGUGUAUGUAUCCCCAAACACUUACAAGGAGUGGUGAUACUUAAGGUAAACGAUGAUAAAUGCUAUGAAGCCUACAAGCAACUAAACCCGGUCACUGAGAGGAUGGUGUGCGCCGGAGUGCCGCAAGGAGGAAAGAGUGCUUGCAACGGAGACAGCGGCGGUCCACUCGUCUACAACAACAAGCUGCAUGGCAUCGUGUCUUGGGGUUACGGUUGCGCUAAACCUGGCUACCCUACAGUUUUUAGUAAGGUCUCGGCUCUCAGAAACUGGAUCGAUGAGAACAUUGCUAAGUUAAAAUAGAGGAUAUGAAAGAUGAUUUAAAUGAUGGAAAUAACGAAUGAAUAACAAUGUGUGAUUAAUAGAUGAAGGAUGAAGGAGUCUGUCCAUUAAAAUAUUUAUACUAUGACCGGCUAGAACGUGUCAGGCAAAAACAUAUAUUUUGUAUUGAAAA